GCGAACGAGUGUGCAUCGGCCGGCCUCGAUACCAUUACUUGACGACUCGCGUAUAAGUACUUAACCCUUUUGCUCGUGAACUUGUGAACAGCUCGACAUGACUGCAGGCCUCCUCGUCGGCAUCGUCGACGCGUAAAACCCCGCGCAAUUUUGGCACUGCCUCGAGCCGAUACACGGUCCAUCAGCGCCCCACAAGGCAAUGGCGGGUCUCAUCAAUUCGACGACCACCUUCAUAAACGACGCCUACGACUAUUACCUCUGGACGCUGUCUCUGUCGGACGAGCGGACCAAGGGAUGGCUCCUCGUCGAUUCGCCCAAGCCCACGGUACUCUAUACACUGCUGUAUCUCUUCAUCGUGUGGUCGGGGCCAAAAGUGAUGAAGCGCCGGAGCGCCUUCAGGCUCACCUGGGCCCUCGUGCCCUACAACCUCGCUAUGGCCCUCCUCAACGCUUACAUUGCAAUCGAACUGUUUGUAGCCUCCACGAAGUUACGCUACAGUUACGUGUGCCAGCCGAUAAGACACAUAUCGAGGCCCGAAGAGCUCCAGAUCGCUAACGCCGUCUGGUGGUACUACUUUAGCAAGCUCCUCGAGUUUUGCGACACCUUUUUCUUCAUCCUCCGCAAAAAGGACAACCAGCUGAGUUUCCUGCACGUCUACCAUCACUCGACGAUGUUCUCGCUCUGGUGGAUCGGAAUCAAAUGGGUGCCAAGCGGUUCGACCUUCCUGCCCGCCAUGGUCAACAGUUUCAUCCACGUGCUGAUGUACUCGUACUACGGGCUAUCGGCGCUCGGGCCGACGGUAUCCAAGUACCUCUGGUGGAAAAAAUACUUGACCAUCCUCCAGCUGAUUCAAUUCACGACUGCCCUGAUCCUCGGCAUCAACGGCAUCAAGAACGGCUGCGACUUUCCGCUCUGGAUGCAGUACGCCCUUGUCAUCUACAUGGUCUCCUUCAUCGUUCUCUUUGGCAACUUUUACGCCAAAGCCUACAUCGCCAAGGGUAAACGGGCCUACGCGGCGAGGCAGUUGCAAAAGGAGAAGCUCAAGGCAACGGCCUUGGAAAGCAGCAGUAACGGCAAAAAAGUUGGCAACGGGAAAGCGAACGGCCACAGCAACGGCUACACGAACGGAGUCACCAAAAAGGUUCAGUGAGCUGGGGACACCUACAGUGUGCCUUAUAUAGGAUUAAUUUCAAUAUAUACAUACACAGGCUGGCAAAAAAAUUACUUUUUGACUCGUUGUCGAAUGCUCCGCUGGUUGUUAGGUAGAGAGUUUUUUUGCUUGCCCCGUAUCAGUCGAACGACAAAAACUUGUUGGAGGCAGAGAAUCGAGCGGAUCGGUUGUUCGGGGCCGCUGUAGAUGAGUUAUUAUUAUACAUUAUAGUUCGCAAUAAGUGUUCUUUACCAUAUUACCUAUUUCUCUGUAUCCUAUAUCCAUGUACAUACCUAUGCGUAUAAUACGUAUAUGUAUCCUUGCCAGGAAAGAUAAAUGGUCUCGCUUUUUUUUUUCAUCACAGAGUCAACUUGACUCCUUUUACAUCGUAAAGCAAAGUUGUUCUUUUAUUUUUCCCAGGCAGUGGUAUACGCAUGGAAACAGGCACGAAAUUAACCGUUUGGAAUAUAAAUAUACCUAUAGCAAUUGAGAUGUGAUGGUUAUCGGAAAAUUUUAUGUCGAACCAAAAACACAUGCUGCUAUUACAUCAUAUACUACUGUUAAUUUUCAAGUGAAUAAGUCUUGCGAAGAAACAAAAAAGGAUUAUUUAAUAAUCGUGAUUAGCAAGUAACAAUAACAUUAAUAACAAUUAUUAUACUUAAAAUGAUCAUGAUAAUAGUAGUAGUAAUAAUAAUACAACACAAACGAAAAUCACAUUGUACAGGCGUUGGUGUUCACUUUGACUCGUUUCGUCAAAGAUUUUUCUACGAAACUUAUACAUAUACAUAUUAUGUAGUUAUAAAUUAUACGCAUUAUAUACGCACAAUAAAGUGUAUAUAUAAAUUUAAUACAUGUAUGUACGCACGUAAAUCUAAUUAUAAUAUGUGUGGUGAGAAUAAUGUAUACGUGUGACUAUAUGGUAACAUAUAUGUAUAUUUAUGUUGCACGCAAGCACGCGUAUGUACAUGUAUUUAGUUGUUUUGAAAUUUUUUACAAUGCUUAUACAAUUUUACAACGUACAAAAAUACCAAGUUUAAAGUACGAUAUGUAUAACUGUACUCUUGAUUCUACAUAGUGUACAUCAGAUGAUAAUGAUGAUGACGACGAUUGUAUACUGCGUGCAAUUUAUUUGAUACAAAUUUUGUGUGAGCUUAGAUAAAUUAUCAUAGUUGACCAGAAAAAUAUAUUGAAAGAAAAGCUUGAUGAUGUGCGAAUGGACAAAAAUGGUGAAAAAUCGGAUACUCGCACUAAUAAUGUACACGUACUACGCGCAGUAAAGAAAAAAUGAAAAUUAGAAUUAAAAUUUGCUAAAAGUCUACACAUACCACGUUUUUUAAACAACUUUCAUUUAUGUUGGAAAUUUACAAUGUUCAAAAUGAGACAAAAGAAAGCUGUAAGAUUAUCGUUUGGAUAAUUAACGUUGUUUCUUGUUCUUUGUUGAAAAUACAUUUGUAUUUGUUGUAGACACCUAAUAUGCUCAAUACCUUGUGAAUACAGUACAUAUUAUUUUAUUUUACACAUAUUCCAAGUAGAGAUUCGUUUUUCAGUCUCUAGGAAUGAUAUUUGUUUUAUUUUAUUAUUAUUAUUUUUUUUUUUCAUGUUUAAGUUGUGGGCAAU